AUGAGAGGAAAUCUGGGUGCCUCGGCAACUAGUCCAGUAGAACACAGGCAUAGGCUCUCCUUCUCCACCGAAGAAGCAAACAAAAGAAGGUCCUUCAGAACUAGAGUAUUCAAAGAUGGAGAAAGGCCAUUUCAUGGUUCUAGUUUGGACAGGAUAUCAAACUGCAAAUUCCCUACUUUGAAGCUUGUGUUGGCUAUUAUCAUAUUGGGAGCAUUUUACACGCUCCUACAUUCUCCUACAGUUCAUGAUGCAGAUCAUUUGUCUGAUUCGGGAUCUAGGGCAAAUUCCAUAGGUAGAUGGAUAAGGGAUAGAAUUGAUACAGAUCAAAGUUAUGUAUCACGUUUAGAUAUCAACUGGGACCAAAUUUCUGCAGCAAUGGAGAAACUAACCGACAGGCAUGAGUACAAGGGAAUAGGGUUGUUAAAUUUCAAGGCAACUGAAAUUGAUCAAUGGGAACGGUUAUUACCAGAUGCGGAGCAUGUUACUCUGAACCUGGAUCAUGUCCCAAGCAACAUCACUUGGGAAACACUGUAUCCUGAAUGGAUAGAUGAGGAAGAAGAAUUUGAGGUUCCUACUUGUCCUACCUUGCCCAAAAUUCAAGUUCUGGGAAAACCUAGGAUGGAUCUCAUAGCGGUAAAGCUUCCUUGUAAUAAGUCGGGAGACUGGUCGAGAGACGUGGCCCGUUUGCACUUGCAACUGGAAGCAGCCAGGCUUGCUGCAACUGUUAAAGGUUAUCAUCCUGUUCACAUUCUACUGAUAACUGACUGUUUCCCGACUCCGAAUCUCUUUACUUGCAAAGAUCUAGUCAUACGCAAAGGCUACGUGUGGUUGUAUAAACCCAAUCUAAAUACAUUGAGAGAGAAGCUUCGCUUACCAGUCGGAUCAUGCGAACUUGCAGUUCCCCUUCUGUCCAAAGAAAACUGGUACUCUGCAAGUGAACGUCGAGAAGCUUAUGCAACAAUCCUGCACUCGGCACACGUUUAUGUCUGUGGGGCGAUUGCGGCAGCACAAAGUAUACGAAUGGCUGGUUCAACUCGGGAUCUCGUGAUACUUGUUGAUGACACUAUCAGUGAAUAUCACAAGGGAGGUCUUGAGGCCGCGGGGUGGAAAAUCCGAGUAAUUCAGAGAAUCAGAAAUCCUAAAGCUGAACGAGAUGCCUACAAUGAGUGGAAUUAUAGCAAAUUCCGUCUCUGGCAAUUGACAGAUUAUGAUAAAAUCAUAUUCAUUGAUGCAGAUUUGUUAAUACUCAGAAACAUCGAUUUCCUAUUUGAGAUGCCAGAAAUUUCCGCUACAGGAAAUAACGCCACCCUCUUUAACUCGGGUGUCAUGGUGGUUGAACCAUCAAAUUGCACAUUCCAGUUAUUGAUGGAUCACAUCAAUGAGAUCGAGUCUUACAAUGGUGGUGACCAAGGUUAUUUGAACGAGAUUUUCACAUGGUGGCACCGAAUCCCAAAACAUAUGAACUUCUUGAAACAUUUUUGGAUUGGUGAUGAGGAGGAGAAAAAAGAAAUGAAAACACGUCUGUUUGGUGCUGAUCCUCCAGUCUUAUAUGUCCUCCACUAUUUAGGUUUGAAACCAUGGUUAUGUUUUCGGGACUAUGAUUGCAACUGGAAUGUGGACAUAUUACAGGAAUUUGCUAGCGAUGUUGCACAUCGAACAUGGUGGAAGGUCCAUGAUGCAAUGCCGGAGAAUCUACACAAAUACUGCUUGCUUAGGUCCAAACAGAAGGCAGCACUCGAGUGGGAUCGAAGGCAAGCAGAGAAAGGUAAUUAUACAGAUGGUCAUUGGAAGAUCAAGAUACAAGAUCCAAGAUUAGGGACUUGCUUCGAAAACUUUUGCUUCUGGGAAAGCAUGCUAUGGCACUGGGGUGAGAAAAAUUGGACAGACAAUGCAACUUCGAUUACGCCAACAUCUCCAAUGAAAACAGCUUCACUCUCUUCUUUAUAG